GGCUUGAAUCUUGCCUUACAGUUUGUAACACUUUCUUCAAAGCCUUUCCAGAAGGCAGAAUCUGAUCUGGAUUAUAUUCAACACAAACUGGAGUUUGAAAUAAUGAAAAGCCUUCCCGAUAAUCCAACAGCAGAGGAAAAUCCAAUUACUCUCUUAGAAGAACUCGCAGUGGUGAAGUCUCGUUACAAGAUGUUGUGUGUGCAGCUGGACAAAGUUUCCAUAGAGCAGACAGAAUCCAUGAACUGCAUUCGUGCUGCCCUAGAAAACACAAUGAAGAUGGUUCAGGCACUACAGCAACAUACUGAUCUUGAGCGCUUGCCUCUGUCAGAGGAAGAACAGGCUGCAGCACAACUGUUAACCUGCCAAACUGUCAACGAAGUGAAAUCUCCAGAGGAAGAGCCAGUUAGUUCAGAAUCUGCAGACCCUGAGUCAACUGAAGAAUCACAAUUCAAACCAUUGACUGAAGAAAUGCUUAAGGCUGUACCAAGGAGUAUCAGGAGUACUGUUAAACUGGCAGACUUGAACAAUUUUUACAGGGAGUUAUUUAACCACUUCGUUGUAAAUAAGAAUAGAGCAGCGCUCAGCAUUUCGCAGAUGAGCAAGAUGAAUUUGAAAGCCACUAACUCAAGAGUCCGCAUCUUGAAAGAACUCCGUAUUGUGGAACUCGACAAACAAGGAAAUGUUAAGUUACUGUGUAAAUGAAAGCUCAGUCCAUUCUUACUUG